GCUUUUGAAAGUGCAUAGAUAUGUUGAAAGUACAGCGUCAACUCGUCCAGCUUUGACUUAUAGUGAUCAUUAACCUUUGUGUGGAGGCUUGGUGAGUGCCACCAGAGGCCCCUGGGGGCCCCAGUCAUAUGUUGCUACAGAUAUUGAGUGGGCUCCUUUCUUGUAACUGAUGAAUAUUAAUAAUAGCCAUUUCAUUUUGAUUAUUGCUGUAGUUAACUCCGGAGUUUGAUAAUGUCAUUCCCUCACAUAAACUACAUUUCCCAGCCGCCCGCUGUCGCUGUACGUAGCAGUCAGAUAGCGGCUCGUGCAGGAAUGGUGCUGAGGCAAAUACGCACGAGCGCAUCACAGCCACACGGCACCACCCGCUCGUGCAUGCGGCCGCAACGCUGCGCACUACGGUUUUUUUUCACCGAUUUUACAAGACCCAUCAACGACUUUUCUUGAUACGGAGGUGCGAGGGCUUAUGUGGCGGAGUUAUUUAUUUUUAUUUUUAUUUAUUUUUAAUUACUCGCUUCGUUGGCUCGAGCACUUUGACGAGCACCGGGCGAUUGAAAUAUGUACGGAGCGCGCUGAUAGCCGAGCGUGAGACAUCCAUGACACUGGACUCUGAAAAGGUCUGCGGAUAAUAAUGAGCACCGCUUUUCACCAGCAGGCUGUUCACAGUUCCCCGGAACAGCAGACGGGACAGCGGCAGAGCGGCCCCAUCCCGUGUCAAAACUGUGGCAAGCCGUGCAAAGGCGAGGUGCUCCGGGUGCAGAACAAACACUUCCACAUCAAGUGCUUCGUCUGCAAAGUUUGUGGAUGUGACUUGGCUCAGGGAGGCUUUUUUGUGCGUCAGGGUGAGUAUAUCUGCACUCUGGAUUAUCAGCGUCUUUAUGGCACCCGCUGCUUCAGUUGUGAAGAGUUCAUUGAAGGGGAAGUUGUGUCCGCCCUGGGCAAGACGUACCAUCAACGCUGCUUUGCCUGUGCCAUCUGCAAGCAGCCAUUUCCAGCUGGGGGCCGCGUGACGUUUAAUGGAAAGGAGUGUGUUUGUGAGAAAUGCAUUCAGCCAGUAAACAGCAUGGCACCCCCACAGGCUGUGCACAAUUGCUGUGGCUGUGGAAAGGAGUUUAAAAAUGAGCAGUCUCUGGUGGCAUUGGAGAAACACUGGCAUCUUGGCUGCUUCAAGUGCAAAGUGUGCAAUAAAGUGCUAAAUGCCGAAUAUAUCAGCAUGGAUGGAAUUCCCUACUGUGAGGCAGACUACCAUGCCAUGUUCGGCAUCCAGUGUGAAACCUGCAGGAAAUACAUCACUGGAAAAGUACUUGAGGCUGGAGAAAAACACUAUCAUCCCACAUGUGCCAGAUGUGUACGUUGUGACAAGAUGUUUGGGGAGGGGGAGGAGAUGUACCUUCAAGGUUCUUCCAUUUGGCAUCCUCCUUGCAGACAGGCAGCACGUAAUGAGGAGAAGAGUAAGGUGAGGAGAACCUCUUCUGAGAGCAUCACCUCUGCUCCUGCCUCUAGUGCAUCUGGCUCUCCUUGCAGAGUUAUCUAUGCAAAGCUGGGUGAUGAACUUCUGGACUACAAGGACCUGGCUGCUCUUCCUAAAAUCAAAGCGAUCUACAACAUUGACAGACCUGACAUGCUCUCAUACUCUCCCUAUGUCAGCUACCCUGUGGAGGAUAGGACUUUUGGAGAGUCACCGCAGCAACUCACACCUACUCCAACUGAGGGAGAUGGGGAAAAGUCUCCCCGGCAGAGGAGGCCCUCCAGCCCCAGCUCCAACAGCUCUGUAGGGGGUUAUGGCCGCUAUACGCCUUCCCGCUCGCCUCAGACCUACAGCAGACCAGGUAGUGAAAGUGGUCGGAGUACCCCCAGUCUCUCCACCUACUCUGAUGGAAAAUCUCCUUCCUCAACAUACGUGGCAGCACCACGACAUUUCCAUAUCCCAGCUUCCAGAACCUCCUGGCAAGAUGGUGAUGACAUAGACAAAAAGACCAGAACAAGUUGGAUGAACCUGAAGAGUGAGAUGGAUAGACAGUCUCCAGAUCUGGACCCCAGGACCUCCACCCACAGCUUACCCACCGAUAUUUCUCAAUCCAACUUUCCAUACAAUAAAUCUGCUUCACUGCCAGGAUAUGGGCGGAAUGGCAUCUACAAGGCGGCUGAUCUUGGCGAGGAUGAGGGUGAUCAUGACUCAUCCUGGAGUGGAAUGAGAGGUGAGUGGGUCUACCCCUAUGACGUGCUUGCUGUGACCCACAGAGUCAGAGUAAAACUACCACGGGAUAUCGACCGCACCAGACUGGAGAGGCACCUGUCACCUGAGGACUUCUUCAGUGUGUUUGGGAUGACCAUUGAACAGUUUGACCGUUUGGCCUUGUGGAAGAAAAAUGACCUUAAGAAGAAAGCCCGCUUGUUUUAAGUUAAGCUGAAUCGCUUGAAGGAAAGCAAAGAUCAAGAGAAAACCUCUUCUUAUCUUCUCCUGUGUGCAUGGAGGGAUGAGUGUGAGAGAAAUAUAUAUGCACCUCCGUUCUGCUGCAUGUCAUCUCAUCUCACGCUGAGGAAAAGUGCUUUCACAAUGCUGUUUGCCAUCUAGCUCCGUUUGUGAACACCACACCACAUGGCCUGAAUGUUACUCUGAUGAUGGAUGGUCAGAACUGAAUUCUUUGCUAUUCUCCUUGUUUUCUCUGAUUGUCUUUGAUCUUGCUCCCUUGGCUGUCUUUGUGAUUACUGCAUUGUAUUCUCUCUUUGUUAAAAAAAAUGCUUAAUAGUGAUAUGAGCCACUUUCUUUACAUUUUAUACCAUUGAUAAACAUGGCCAACCAGCUCUACUUGUAAGUCUUUUUGUUAUGUAAUAAUAUCAGUCUUCCCUUCCCCCCAUGUCUUUAUUUUUUUCCAGCGUUUAAGUCUUGUCUUUGUCUACGCAUAUUGUUUGCUCAGUGUCUUUCUCUCGCUUUUUGUCUCUUCAGUGUCUCUUGCUUGCCUGUUCCUCUUCUUAUCUCCUAGACAUGAUACUUAGCUGCUGCUUGGACUGUAAUAUCAGCUUUAUGGAAUCUCAUCCAUCCAUGGCUUCAGCAUGACCGGGCCAAAGACUCAAUCGGAGCAAGAAGUCAACAAAGCACCUUACACCAAACCUAACCAGACGCAAUGCAAUAAAACAACAAGAAAAAACCUCUUCCAUGUCAUAUUUAGUCCUAACCAGCCUCGAGUGUGAGAAGCAAAGACCAACAGGACACUUUCUCAGUCGCUUGGCUUCUAUUUCCACCACAUCAUGCUGGGUAGCCCCGCCCACUGUGAAAUCUCAUUGGUUCUUCAGAACUGUUCAUUAAACAUCAUAUAUCUUCUCAUUGGCUGUGAUUUUGUCACAUCACGCAUAAGUUUUCGAACUUGCUGUAUCGCGCCUGGUUAGGACACAGUGUUAGUUGAUAUGUUUAAUAAUCUUCACUGUUGCUGAAUGGAAAAAUGCAGCGCUUUUGUGUUAUAUUAUGUAUUUGUUUGCUUUCCAGGUCAAUGUCAUGAUAUUACAGUUAUUCAAUAAGACAUUUAGAGUUGUUCUAAACUGAUAUCUGGACUUCACAUACAGUACUCUUGCCAUAUACAGUAUAAUGUGCACAGAACAUAUAGUUGUAAACUUCAUCAGGAGCAUCAGCUAGACAUUCUUAUUGUUUUAAUCAACAUAAAUGAAAGUGCUCACGAGUAGACACUUAUUUUUUUAUGUUUUUUUUUCAUACAGAUGUUAACCAGAUACUUUAUUUUCCAUCUGCUAAUGAUUGCAACAUUCACUUUAGCAUGGAGCCAUGCCAAAGUCAACAGAUUCUGUAGCAAUUAGCAAAACUAAUACAACCCAACACUUAAUAAAGCAUGUAGUUCAGUGGCGCUUUAUUUUAAACUCAAAUAUGACUGUUUUUCUUCUUUCUUUUUUGGGGGAUUGUUAAUAAAUGUGUGUACAGUAUAUUGUUAUAAAUGUCUGUUACACUCAUCUUGUCUCUCUGUAGGAAUGCACUGCAUUUACUAGAAGCAUCAUGUAAUGGCUUCACAUCAGACUUUAUGAUUAAUUGUGACAUGUUUUUUGAUUUGAUAUCUUAAAGUUAUUGAGAGUUUUUGUUUCUUCAGACACAUUCUUAAGUUGUACCAUGUCUGUUCUAGAUAUUUAGGUAGAUACUUGGUUCUUUUUCUUAUGCCAAUGACUCAAAUCUGCAAAAAAAGAAGAAAGGUAUUUUGUCCUAUAACUUUAUGAAUACAUUACAUAAAUAUGUCAGAAAUCUGGAACUGUUAAAAACACCACCACAUACAGUAAACUAAGUUCUGAGUCUGACUAAUGAUAACCAUGUGUAACGUGCCUAUAUCUUGUACAAUACCAAGGCAACAAUGGAUUUUUUUUUCAUAUACUGCUCAGCAGGGAAACUUAGAUUGUUUUGCUUUGUUGAUUGUGAAAGUAUGGCGUUUCUAACCAAAUAUGUGUGUAUAUCUCAUUCUUAAGGGUCGUAAUGUAACGUUUUUCAUGCACUAAAUUUCAGCCUUCGCCUGUCAUGGCAAAAUCUGUUGUUUUGGGGAAAAUACAAUACAGUAAAACUUGUCUGAAACACAUGAA